AGCUGCGCGUCAGCGACACGGGCCAGCUGACGUCCAUUUCGGUCAGCCAGAAGAACAAGCCAACAGGCCCAAGGAAAUUACAGCGGCAGCAGUGGCGACAACGGAAUCCGAGACAACAGCGGCUAAGAGAACACCAAGUCGACAGGGGUUAUAAAAAAACCACUGCAGCGUCGACGGGAGGAGUCAGCGACCAGGGCUGUCGGCAGUACUCUAAUCAUCUGACUUUGCAGGAGAAACCUCUGGAACAGAUGUCAGCUGCACCAAAUGUGAAUGUCAGUUCUCUUUUCAAGAACCUCGAUGGCUUCUACAUGAGCAUCUUCCUGGACGAGAACACCGUACAAUCCGCUAUGUCUUACAAGCCCCGGUCCGACGACAUCUUUAUUGUCACGUACCCUAAAUGUGGAACAACAUGGACGCAGUACAUUGUCCAUUGCAUCUUGUAUGACGGUGUCCUUCCUAAGGACUUCACAGAAUUCUUUCUAAGGUCACCUUGGCUUGAGUUCUUGGGCUCCGAGGCUGCAGAAAAAAUGGUCCGCCCAGGCACCAUCAAGUGCCAUCUUCCCCUCCAUAAGCUUCCUUACUCUGAGAACGCGAAGUACAUAUUUGUGGUUAGAAACCCGUAUGACGUCUCCGUCUCCUUCUAUCACCACUCUAGAGGCAUCCCUAACAAUGGGCUUGAAGACGCACCGUUUGAUACAUUUUUAGAUUUGUUUCUGAGUGGGCAAGUUCGUUACGGAGACUAUUUUGACCACUUGCUGUCUCUCUACAAGCACCGAAACAAUUCAAAUGUUUUGUUCUUUAGGUACGAAGACUUACAAAAGGACAUAAAGGCUUGGGUGCUAAAGAUCGCUGACUUCCUUGGUGAGGAGUACGGUCAAAAGCUGAGACAUGACAACGCGCUCCUCGACAAAGUCGUGAAAGCCACCAGCUUUGAAAGCCUGAACAAAACAGUCAAUGACGGCGUGAAAACCCUGAUGCAUGAUCUUUUCUCACUUCCCCCUGAGAGACAGUUUAAGUCUUUGCAAGUUUACAGUCAAAGGUUUGGUGGAAGACCGAAGUUGGAGCUCAAGCAUGAACUUCUUCGCAAGGGUGUAAUUGGGGACUACAAAAACCUCUUCUCGGCUGAACAGAUUAGACGGAUGAAGGAGCGAAUCGCGUCUAAGACAAAAGGAAGCGACGUUAUGAAUUUGUGGAUUGAUAUUGGGCUUCCAUGAUAAC